CGAUUCCUGUUUCCCUGGAGUAGUAGUAAACAAGGGCCACAUAAAUACUGAGGCUCUCUCUAAAAAGCUAUUUGGAUUCGAGUUUUGUACGGGAAAAAUGGAAAAUCCCUUACCCAGCAGGUCUGGAAAGAAAUAGAAAGGGGGGACCUAGUUCAAGGAAAAAAGACAUAGAACACUCUUUAGUUCCCAGUCUGUAUACGGGGACCGAGUCCCCGGUGUCAAAAGAAAGGAGAUCCUGUUUAACACUUGGAAGAGGAACUUCCAGAUCCAGGAUCUGGGAGAUUAUUCAGCAAGCUGCGUCGCAAUCGGACACACUCUGAAAUUGCUUUGUGCCCCCGGCUCUCCCCACACUUCAAGACCGAGAUCUCACCCGGGCGAGCUGGGGGUGGGGAGAGUCAGAGAGAGAAGCAGGGGAGAAGCGGCAGCAGCAGAACUCCUCCUCUUCUUUUCCACUCUCGGGUUGCCGGGGACUGGGUCCUUCUCCGGGUGGCCAGAAACCUAGAGGAAAAGGAGGAGCUGUUUGUUGGUGUUCCCUCAGAAAGAGGAAGCUACGGGCAGCGUGCCGCCCGGGAACAUGGCGGCGGCGGCGGCGGCGGCGGCGGAGCCUGCUUCCCUUGCCCAUUUGCACAACAGCGGCCACAGUGGUGGCAGCGGCGGGACCCCAGGGUCGCAAUCUAUUGGGGGUGCAGUGCCAGUGCUCUUCUGCUUCUCCGUGUUUGCCCGGCCUUCCACGGUGCCGCAUGGCGCGGGCCACGAACUGCUCAUCCAGAAAUUCCUGAGCCUUUAUGGCGACCAGAUAGACAUGCACCGCAAAUUUGUGGUGCAGCUCUUUGCCGAGGAGUGGGGCCAGUAUGUCGACCUGCCCAAGGGCUUCCUGGUGAGCGAACGCUGCAAAGUUCGCCUGGUUCCCUUGCAGAUCCAGCUUACCACAUUGGGAAAUCUUACGCCUUCAAGUACUGUAUUUUUUUGCUGUGAUAUGCAAGAAAGAUUCAGACCAGCCAUCAAAUAUUUUGGUGAUAUCAUUAGUGUAGGACAAAGAUUGUUGCAAGGGGCUCGGAUUUUAGGAAUUCCAGUUAUUGUAACAGAACAGUACCCCAAAGGUCUUGGCAGUACUGUACAAGAAAUUGAUUUAACAGGUGUUAAACUUGUACUUCCGAAGACUAAAUUUUCAAUGGUAUUACCAGAAGUAGAAGCAGCAUUAGCAGAAAUUCCUGGAGUUCGUAGUGUUGUCUUAUUUGGAGUAGAAACUCAUGUGUGCAUUCAGCAGACGGCUCUGGAAUUGGUUGGCCGAGGUGUUGAAGUUCACAUUGUAGCUGAUGCCACUUCAUCAAGAAGCAUGAUGGACAGGAUGUUUGCUCUUGAGCGUCUUGCUCGUACUGGAAUAAUAGUUACUACAAGUGAGGCGGUGCUGUUACAGCUGGUCGCUGACAAAGAUCAUCCAAAAUUCAAGGAAAUACAGAACCUAAUUAAAGCAAGUGCCCCAGAAUCUGGUCUACUUUCCAAAGUGUAGAAUUUUAAAGGAUUAGUUAUAAAUCCACUCUAAAUAAGAACAAAUUCAUAAACAUAAUGUGCUGUCUUACAUGUACUGCAAUCAAAAUGUUAAAACUGACCUUUUUUUGGCUUGUCUUUAAAAAAUAGAUUUAAUUAAUCUAUUUGGGUAUCUGAAUUGUGUCAUACAAGUCAAAGGUUUUUGGUGUUCAUUAUUUCCUUCCUUUAUUUUAUCAUUGUUCUUUCAUUUUUAAAACACUAUUCUUGAUCCCAUUUGUAACAGGUCUUAAAAAGUUCAUACUAAUGUGAGAUUUCUCAGUUGGGCACUUUGUUAAUAAAAAGUAUCUGUGAAUGGUUUCACUUAUGGCUUUAAUAUAAGAUUUAUAUAUGAAUGUCAUAUGGAUUUCAUGCUUUCUCAUAAUGUAGACUGAUUAAAUGAAACUUAUUUUUAAAAAA